AUGGGAAAAACUCAAACCAUCGUUAUCGACAAAGAUUUUGUCGAGUGGAGUGUGACCGAAGAGUGCUUUCCUCAAGCGACAGUUAUUCGAAACCUGCCAUCAACUGGUGUUAUUCAGACUUUAGUGGCAACGCCCAAGCACUAA